ACAGAGAAAGACACUCUUCAUCGAAUGAUUGAAAAGGUCGUGAGUAUUCGCGAUGGUAAUGUAUCGGAUGCGGCAAACGCUAUCGGUGUCGAUGCCAGAGCUUCGUCUGCAGCAGAUCAUGGUACCGAUCAAAGGAAUGAGCCCUUCCCCCUCGAAGUGCAAGUUAGAGAUGUAGUUAUAGAGAUGGAUCCCGGAACUGCUCAAAUGUCUAGAGAUAUAGUAAAUGUCAUCAACAAUCAAGAAGACUCCGAUGGGCCGAAUCCUUUACGAGAAAGAGGCGAAGAAAUCAUAUCAACUUUUACAAAAACAUUUUCGUACUAUGGAGAUUUUUUUGCGAGGCAAGGGUGUGUACAGAUUUGUGUGAAGCCACGAUCAAUUAAACUUUUGUUCGAACUGUUCGAAGAUUGUGUUAGUGGUGAAAUAACACAGAAACUGCAAACCGUAGAGGAAUCGAUUCGAUGCAUACAUGGUUUCGAAAACUACAAACCGAAAGCUGUGCUAUAUCAGGAUCAUUAUGACUCGGUGAUGAAUGAUAUAGCGUCACAAAUAAGGCAGCAGUUUGAAUACAGAGGUUUAACUUUGGCAAAUGAGAGUACAGUUCCAAAGGUUGAGCUAUCUGCCAAUAGCAAAAUACUUAUCCGAGUUCCAUGUCCAUCUGAGGAUGAUCGUGACCAAUUUGAAAACACCUUCAAAUCAGGGAAAACGACAGAUUUGUUCAAAUCACUGGAAGACCUCUUGCGUGACGCUUACAGAGAACCAGAUAUUUCCUUAAAGGCAAAAGUGGACGAUAGAAAAAAUGCUACAUCCAAAAUCGCUGGUAGUUUCGGAGGACAUAAUCAACAUACUCAUGAAGAAAGCCCAAAGGCGGAAUGUAGCUUUUCGCUAUAUGAUACUGGUAUGACGAAACUAGACUUGCAAUAAUGAACAUUAAUUUAAGAGUUGAAAAUCAUAUUAC